AUGAACGUUACGCCUGCUUCUAGCACUCAAUCCAUGGAGUCAGCCACCGAGGACCCGGAGAUUGUCAAGCUGCACCCGUCUGGAGAUGCCAUCAUCGUAAUCUUGGAUCCCAACAACAAAGCCCACGGUCGCUUCUUGGUUUCUUCUGCCACUCUCUGUUUGGUCUCGCCAUACUUCAGAACGCUUUUUGGUCCCGAUUUCAAGGAAGGGUCUGAAGUCCGACAGGUAAAAUGCCCCGAAAUUAGUCUCGAAGAAGAUGAACCCAAGGCAAUGGAGAAACUCCUGUGCAUCCUCCACUUUCAUCGCCUCGGCCGCUACCAGGCGAUGGAACCAAGGACAAUUGCAUUGCUUGCGCAGCAAAGCGACAAAUACGACUGUGGCCGCGCUCUGCUCCCAUGGGCAGGCCUGUGGUUCAAAGGCGUGGGAAAGCUUGCGAGGCCAGAAGAUUAUGGAUGUUUGUUGACGGCAGCCUAUCUGCUCGACUUGCCGGAAUGGUUCAAGAUCAUCUCAGCCACCGCGGUAAGAUACAUGCCGGCCGACUUCCUAAUUGCCUGGUCCAAAGAGAAGAUAACUGAACGGUUAUCCUGGGAAACCAAGAAGAAGACUGUGAGAAACGAUACAUCCUACUCCAUCAGCGGCCGACAAUGCUGCAAUGGUUAUGUUAUUUCGUACUGUGGGAAUGAGGUCAGAGUGGCGGAUUAUUUUCUGGCGCUACGAGAGUGUGGCCUGUGGCCUUCUAUAACAGACUUUCCGGCGUGCAGCAUUUCCGACAUCAAUAUUCGAAUCCACAAGACAAAGAGUUUUAAAGGACAUGAUUGUAACGCAAAGGAAAAGUGCAUCCUCAAAAGAGAGUUGCAGGUAUUGCCCGAACACAUCGACACAAUCAUGGGAAGAAUCAACGGGGCCUCUAUUCCGUCACGUAUUAGCAGCAGAGAAAUCUGA